AUGACUGAGCUGGCUUUACAGGCCAGGGGUCAAUGGAAAGCCCUCACUCUUGAGAUGUCAGUUCAUAAGACAAAGGGAUUUGUACCUGUGGUCAUGCAAACGCCAAGUGUCUCCUUAGAUGCUGCUAACUCUCAGCACUCUGCAGUCUCCACAAGUCAAUGUUCUGCCUGGGGUCACUUCCAUUUUCAGACAUUUGACCAAGUAAAAUUUGACUUCCCUGGAACUUGCCAUUAUAUUUUUGCUUCACAUUGUAAAGACAAUUAUCAAGACUUCAAGAUCCAGAUUACAAGGAGCACCCAGAAUAGGAUUAUUAUCUAUUUCACUGCCACCAUCGAUGGAGUACUUCUGGAGGUGAAAGAAUCAGGCAUCACAGUAGAUGGAAGCAAAAUUUCUCUGCCCUUCAGCUUGAAGAGUGUUCUAAUAGAAGACAUUUACCCUUACUUCCAAAUCAGCUCCAAGUUAGGCCUGUCUCUCCGGUGGAAUUGGGGUGACACUCUCCUGAUGGAUUUAGAAGAUGCAUACAGGGGGAAAACAUGUGGAUUAUGUGGGAACUACGAUGGCGAUGGAAGGAAUGAUUUGCUCCUACAUAGCUUUCCACUAUCCCCAUGGCAGUUUGGAAACCUUCAGAAAGUAGAUGAUCCAGCACGGAAGUGUCCCGAUGUACUUGGAGACAGCAGAAAGAACCAAGGCAAAUCUCACCUGCACCAGCAGUGUAAAAGUAGAUAUAAAUCUAAGUGCAAGCGAGUCCUGUCCCACUUUGGGAACUGUUCUAGGGUUGUCGCCAUUGGUUAUUACAUAAGCAGCUGUACUGAAGACAUGUGCAGCUGUCCCGAGAACGCUUCCCAUUUGGACUUGGUUGCAAGCUGUGUGUGCAGCACUUUCGGCCAGUACUCCCGAGACUGCAUCCUCAAGGGGGGCAACCCUGGAAAAUGGAGAUCCAAAGGACUCUGUUUCCAGCAAUGCCCCAACAACCUGGAAUAUACGGAAUGUGGAAACGCCUGUGUUGACACGUGCUUCAAUCCAGAGAGGAGCAAAAGUUGUACAGCUCCAUGUACUGAUGGCUGCUUUUGCCCCAAGGGAAGUAUUCUUGAUGAUAUCAGUGGCAGAAGUUGCAUCGCGACUGACCGCUGCCCGUGCACCUUUCAAGGCAACAUCUAUGCAGCUGGAGACUCCUACUCCACCCCCUGCCAAAACUGUACCUGCACUGGGGGAAAAUGGUCUUGCUUAUUGCUCCCUUGUUCUGGAAACUGUAAGAUAGAAGGAGGAUGUCACAUAACUACAUUUGAUAAGAAACAAUUCAUGUUUCAUGGCAACUGCCACUAUGUCUUAGCUAAGGACACAGAGGGCGCUUGGGUGGUCAUUGGAGAGAUUGUUCAGUGCAGCAUUUCAAACACGACGACUUGCCUGAAGAACGUCUUAAUCACUUUAGAAGCCAUGGUAAUAAGGAUCUCUUCCUCUGGAAAAGUCUAUGUUGAUAAUGUCAUUGCAGUAUUGCCUGUAACUAAAGAUGGCAUCAUUCUCUUCAGACCAUCUACAUUCUACGUCAACAUCAUCACUUCUUUACGGGUAGAAAUCCAAGUGCAGCUGACACCCAUUAUGCAGAUUUUCAUAACAGUAGAUCAAACUUACCAAAAUCACGUUUCUGGCCUUUGUGGAAAUUUCAACAAUGUAGAGAUGGAUGAGUUUCAAACCAUCAGUGGGAUUAUAGAAGAUUCUGCUUCUGCAUUUGGGAACUCAUGGAAGACUAUGGCCAGCUGUGCUGACGUUCGGGACAGCUUUGAGGAUCCUUGUCAGAACCACGUAGAGAGAGAAAAAAUAGGGCAGCGUUGGUGUGCCCUUCUUCUGGACACCAAUGGGGGUUUUGCUCCAUGUCAUUCGGUCAGUGACCCUGCUCCUUAUGCCAAGAACUGCCUUUACGACACCUGUAACGCCGAGAAGAGCAAGGAGGCCCUGUGCGGUGCAUUCUCUGCCUACGCCAGGGAUUGUGCUGCAAGAGGAAUACGCCUGAAUGGAUGGAGAAACGGCAUCUGCGAUGUCUCCACGGAGUGCCCUGGAACUAUGAAGUACUACUCUGAAGUGCAGUUCUGUAACAGAUCUUGCCGCUCACUGUCGGAGCCCGAUGUGCUGUGUAAUCUUCAGAUCGCUCCUGCAGAGGGCUGUGGCUGCCCGGAGGGGACCUACCUCGUGCACGAAGAAGAGUGUGUUGCUCUGGUGAACUGCCCGUGUUACUACCAAGACCUGCUGAUCCAGCCUGGGAAUUCAUUCCAAAAGGACGGGACCAUGUGCAAAUGUAUUCAAGGACAACUGGAUUGCACUGGAAACAAAGAAACUAGGAAAGAUUGCCCUCCUCCUAUGUACUUCGUUGACUGCGGCAUUGCUGGCUCAAACGCACGGGGAUCAGAAUGUCAGAAAAGUUGUAAGACGCAAGACAUGCAAUGUCACGCUACAGGAUGCGUCUCUGGAUGCGUGUGUCCCGAUGGACUGGUGUCUGAUGGUAAUGGCAAGUGUAUUAAGGAGGAGCAAUGCCCCUGUAGCUAUGGAGGAAAUUUCUAUAGUCCCGGCACGUACAUCAAAGUCAACUGUAAUACAUGCACAUGCCAGAAGAGACAGUGGGACUGUACAGAGAACGCCUGUCCGGGAACAUGCACCGUGUACGGACAUGGACACUACCUCAGCUUUGAUGGAGUAAAAUUUGACUUCACAGGAGGCUGUGAUUACAUCCUAGCCCAGGACUUCUGCCCCAAUAAUCUCCAACCAGGUACCUUCCAAAUUCUGAUGCAAAAUACCGCAUGCAGUAAAUCCCUGACAGUUUGUUCCUUGAAAAUCAGAAUAAUCUUGGAGGACAGUGAAAUCAGACUGCGGGAAGGGAAAAUAGAAGAGAUAAGCAGUAAGCCGGACACUGAAAAAAACUAUGACAUUUAUCUCGUGGGGAUGCAUAUUGCAAUUGAAGCCUUCCAUGGAGUGACCUUCCUGUGGGAUGGGAAGACCACGGUGGUUGUGCAAGCGGCACCCUCCUUUCAGGGCAGACUUUGUGGCCUUUGUGGAGAUUUUGACAACCGCGCCGGCAAUGACUUUGCCACUCGAGGGCAGUCUCUGGAGAUGCAUGCGCAGGCCUUUGGGAGUGGCUGGCAAGUCACCCCCGGCUGUUCAGACAGAAACCAGGGGGAUCCGUGUGCACAGCAAGCUUUCAAGAUCAGACUGGGCCAAAAGCACUGUAGUAUUAUCAAAAGCACAGUUUUUGCACCUUGCCACAGUAAGAUCAAUCCAACCCCAUACUAUGAAUCCUGUGUGUCCGAUUUCUGCGGCUGCGACAGCGUGAGCGACUGUGAGCGCUUUUGUACAGCCGUAGCUGCUUAUUCAUGGACUUGCAGCAGAGCCGGCAUCUGCAUUAACUGGAGAAGUCAGAAGAACUGUCCUGUGUCCUGCGACGAUUCCAAUGCAGCCGGCAAACAAGUAUGGCGUUACAAACCAUGUGGAGAACCUUGCUUCAGGACUUGCAGGAACCCUGCAGGAAAAUGUGAUAAGCUGCUCUACAGUCUGGAAGGCUGCUACCCAGAAUGCAAUGGGGAGAAGCCGUAUUAUGAUGAAGAAAAAAGAGAAUGCGUCUCAGGGCUAGAGUGCACCUCAUGUGAUCCAGAAGAAAAACUCUGCUUGAACCACUCAAAUGAAUGCCUUUGUUGCUACAAUAAGAAGACAUAUGCCGUAAAUGAAAUAGUAUACAGCCAAACAGCUGGAGAUGUGUGCACAGUACUGUUUUGUGGUCCUGGUGGGAACUUCAUUCAGAUACUCACCCUGUGUGAUACUCCUCUGAAAGAUGUUCUUCAUGCUGGGAAACAAGAGGAUGCCUUGGAAGUUGCACCCCAAGAAGAAGCUGCUGAUCCACCUCCAGUUCCGAGAGCAGGCAACAGCCAAUAUAUCACAAAGGAGGCUCCAGGUUGGUGUAUUUAUGCCCUUUGUAAUGCAUCAUGCCAGACUGAAUUCAGCUAUGGAGAAUGUCUCUCAUUCUCGACGGAUACUACCCCAAGCAAAAUUGUGGUGGCCUCCAGCAGACCUUGCAAGGUGAAUGUUCAGGACUGUGAGAAGAAGCCCCCUCCCUAUUCUGGAGUUAAUGUUCUUCCGGCACUUGCUCCUGGGGGAGAUUGCACAGAUCUCAUCCCACCUAGAAAGGCUCAAGAAUUAUGGAAAUUUGGGAGCUGCCAAAUGGCUACUUGCUUAGGUGGAAAACACAUCCAUGUAUCUGAUGUGCGCUGCCCUCCUCCAAAGAUUCAAUCCUGUGUUAAUGGAUUGCCACCUGUAAAAAGGCAGGACGCACCUGGAUGCUGUGAAGCUUUGGAGUGUCAGUGUGCCUGCAAUGGAUGGGGAAAUCAACAUUAUAUAACUUUUGAUGGGUCGUAUUAUAAUUUCCGUGGGAAUUGUACCUAUCUCCUGAUGAAACCAAUCAGACCUGAUGCUUGGAACUUCUGGAUUUACAUGGACAAUCAUUAUUGUGCUCCAUCAUAUAGAGCUAUUUGCUCUAUGGCCCUUUUCAUAUUUUACAAUCACUCCAUAGUCAUUUUGACACAAGGAGCUGAAAAUGGAAAAGAAGGCAACCUGGUUCUGUAUAACAAUAAAGAAAUCAUUCCACCUUUUUCAAUGGAUGGCUUUGAUAUCACCGCUUCGGGCCCAUUUGUGAUGGUUAAAAUACCUGAAACUGGACUUCACAUCACAUACACUCACCUUGCUUUUUAUCUAAAUGUGCCUUUUAGCACGUUUUAUAACAAUACUGAAGGACAAUGCGGUACAUGCACCAAUGAAAGGGGGGACGAUGCAUUGAAAAGGAACGGCAGAAUUGCAAAUUCUCUCACAGAGAUGGCAAAGGACUGGAAAGUGAUGGACCUCUUCACUAGAUACUGCAGUUCAGAACAACACCGGACUCAGGCUGAACGGCCACCAUCCAAAAUAACCACCUGCAGGGCUCCUCCGCUAUGUCAACUCAUCUGGAACUUCACUGCUUGUCACAAUGCCGUCCCCCCACAACCUUACUAUGAUGCCUGCGUUGCGGAUGGAUGCGCCUCCUCGCCAGAGCAGCACACGGAAUGUGGGAGUCUCUGGGCCUAUGCAGCCCUGUGUGGGUUUCACGGGAUCUGUGUGGACUGGAGAAGCAAAGCCAGCAAGAAAUGCGAAUUCGCAUGCUCUCCAGACCAGAUCUAUAAACCCUGUGCCACGGUGGAAAGGCUGACUUGCUCUAGCGGAAAAAAUGAUGCCCGCACCACACCAACACAAAGGGAUAUGAUUCCAGAAGUACUUUUGGAAGGAUGCUUCUGCCCUGAUGGGAUGAUCCAGUUGAAUCAUUAUGAUAGCAUUUGUGUUCCUGUCUGUGGCUGCAGAGGACCAGAUGGAGCACUGAGGCAGCCAGGAGAGACCUGGGAAAAAGAUUGUCAGGUCUGCACUUGCAGCACAGAGAUGCUGGAAAUUUAUUGUUCACCCCACAUUUGUGCCAAGUCUCAACCAAUCACUUGCACGAAGGAAGGAUUUGCCCCAGUAGUGCGGACCCAGUCAGAAGAUCCUUGCUGUACAGAAGUAGCGUGCGAAUGCGAUGCAAGGUCUUGCCGUCUGACCACAAGGACAUGCAGCCCAGGCUUCCAGAUGGUAACCGACACUUCUGAAGGAGAGUGCUGCCCUGUUUAUUCCUGUAGACCCAAACAUGUCUGUGUAUCUCAAGGGACUGAGUACCAGCCUGGCUCAUUGGUGCCUUCCAAUUCUUGCGAGGAAUGCCUCUGUACUGACACGCAGGAUCCUGCCACCGACGUCAACCAAAUUACAUGCACACCAGUGAAGUGUUCUGCUCAGUGCCAGCAGCCAUCAUCUUCUUGCACUCAGGGUUUCCGCUACAUCCAAGAAGAAGGGAAGUGCUGUGGCGCAUGUGUGCAGGUGGCAUGCGUGGCAAAGCUUUCUUCUGGAACAGUGGCAAUUGAGGUUGGGGAGACCUACAAAGAUCCAAAGGAUAACUGUACGCAGUAUCGAUGCACCAGGUCAUCAGAUCAGUUUGUUCUGAGUCAUGCAGUAAUUCCGUGUCAGGCAUUUGAUCCAUCAAACUGUGUCCCAGGAACCAUUCGAACUACUCCAGAUGGAUGCUGUGAGACCUGUGCCCUCUUGUCUCAUGACUGUGGAAUUAAGUUGAAGAACCAACACAUUAUUUAUAAUUCAUGCAAAUCAGCCUUUCCUAUCAUGGUCCCAUCCUGCAAAGGAUCCUGUAACACCUACUCUGUGUAUUCCUUUGUCACUCACAAAAUGGAGCAUGGAUGCACAUGUUGCCGUGCUACAAAAUACCAUGAAGUGAGGGUGGAUCUGAUUUGCAGUAGAAGAAAACGGAUCAAGUACACGUAUCUUCAUGUAGAUGAGUGUGGCUGUGUGGACACCAUAUGUGCAAAAUAG